GCUUGCCAACACUCCGUCGCGACGUUUGGACGUAGAAACGCGAAGAAAACGGCAGUUUGCUGGAACAUUUUUUGCUCCGUGGAUUUUAAUUAAAUUUAAAAUUACUGCAAAAACCGCCAAGUAUGUACGUGCAAGAUACGCAAGCGGAAUAUAUAGUGCCGGUUAAAUUUAAGAAGUGCAUGUUUCAUAAAACAAAAUGAGAAUAGAAAGUGGCACAGAGUAUAAGAAAUUGCAGCGUCGUAAAUAAUAAUAAUAAUAAUAUAUACACACACACAACAAAACAACGAAGUGAAAAUGUGCCGCAAUAUGUGUGUGUGUGCCAAGUGCAUUAAAAAUAGAUAGAAAAUACAUAAAAAGAAUUCUUAAUUAUUAAAAUAAUCAAAAUACGUGCAUAAUCAAUUUUCGUUCUGCUAUUAAACACCAAAAAUUCAAAGUAGCUGCAAACUGCAACAGCUGCAAAUCAACAGCAAAAAUAAAAUACAAAUACAAGAAGAAUAAAUGAAAAAAAAUUCACUCAAAAGCAACGCAAUUUGUGUCUCUGUGUACGUGUCUGUGUCUGUGCCUGUGUGUGUGUGUCUCUCUUGCUCUCUCACUGUAUCUAUUGUCAUAUAAGAAGAAUCAAUACAACAGAAAAAAGUAAAAAAUUCAAAGCAACAAAUAUCCAAUCAAAACAAAUGUGCAACAACAACAACUGCAGCUACAAAAUACUAAACAUAUAUUAAUUACUAUAUAUGUGUGUGUACAUAAAAAAUCUACAUCUUGAGAAAAUGAGGUGCUGCUGUUGUGCAAAUAUAAUAAGCCAAGAACUAUGACGCAUCAAAAUCAUCAGACAAACGGCGCAAGUUUGGAGGAUUGCCAUACAAACUUUUAUGCCUUGACUGAUUUGUGUGGAAUUAAAUGGAGAAAGUUCGUUAAUGGCGAACGUCCGAAUGCGUCGAGCGAUCCUUUGGACGAUCCAAUUCUGCGCUCCUAUUCACGAUGCAUGCAGGCGGAUAUGUUGUGCGUGUGGCGGCGCGUGCAAUCCACCAAGCAGGACAACUCCGAUCCGAAUGCCUUAAACUUUGAGAUUACCACAUCGACCACUGUGCACCCGCCCCUAUCGCUUGCAGCUGCCAAGGAGCUGUGGAUCUUCUGGUAUGGCGAGGAGCCAGAUCUGUCGGAGUUGGUCGAUGCGGAUCUACUUAAAAUAGCGGCCAAUCAAUCGCUCUGGAAUGGCACCUGGAAGGGCGAGCUGACCUACGAGUGCCGCUCGCUGCUCUUCAAGGCACUGCACAAUCUCAUGGAAAGAUUCGUGCUCACCAAGGACAUUGUGCGCUUCGGCAAAUGGUUCGUGCAGCCCUGCACUUCCAGCGAUCGUCUCUUUGGGCGCAGCUCGCAGCAUUUGUCAUUUUCCUUUACGUUCUUCGUGCACGGUGACACGGUCUGCGCGUCAAUCGAUCUGCGCGAGCAUCCUGCGGUGCGUCCUUUGACCAAGGAGCACUUAGCCGAGGCAGCGGCUGCAUUUGCUGCUGCCAGUGGAGGCGGAGCAGCAGGAGCACGUGGCCAGGAUGCAAACGGAACAGCUCAACUGCCGGCGAAUUCACCACUGUUGGAUACGGCAACUGGAAAUGGAACUGGCGAGAAGUCGGCGGCGACGUCGACAGCGACGCCAACGCAGGCGCGCAAGGUAAUGCUGGCGCCCUUUGGCAUUGCGGCAAUACUCACGGGGAAUAGCUACAAGGCGAGCGAUCCAAUGGCCGAAAAGAUACUCGAGGACUGGGCCUCGUUCUUUCCGCUGUGCAAUAAGGACAACACGGAUGUGCCGCCCGUCGUGGAGGUGGUAUCGGGUGGACAUAAGAUGUACCAUCCCACAAAUUACGUACUAGUCACGGAUCUGGAUGACAUGGAAGAAAUGGAAUUCGCUGAGCUGCACGGCAAAGUAAACGGCGCAAGCAGUGAGCCACAGACAGCAGCAGCAGCAGCAACAGGAACGGGAACGGGAGCGGGAGCGACGCAGGCAGCGGCAGCACAAGCGCUGCCAAUGGCGGCGUCAGCAGCGGCGUUAGCAGCCGCCAAGGAAUCGCGUAAGGCGGCAACGCAAGCGGUCAGCGCUCUGGAACGCCUAACGUUUCAGCCCUACUACGAUCAGCGGCCCACAUCGGGCUUCACCUUCAAUACCAAUAAUACUCAUAUACCCCCAUCGGCGGCCAUUGAAAUGCCGGAACGUGCCUGGCAGGAUUGCAUAAUGAACACGUUGCAUGUGGACGCAGCGGCAGCGGCGGCGGCAGCAGCCGCAUCAGCCGACGAGGAGGAGAGCAAGCAAACGGAUUCCAAGCAGCUGGUGCAGCAGCAAAUCCAACAACAGCAGCAGAAGCAACGCCAAAAGUUGUGGAACUUUGUGGAUCCCAUGCAAAAGGCGCCCUGCAUAUGCACCAACGCACAAUGCAGCAGCAGCGGCAACGGCAGCAGCAGCACUGUCAGCAUUGGCAGCGGCAAACGCCAGCAUAGCAGCAGCAGCGGCAGUAGCAGCAGCAGUAGCAGCAUUGGCUCGCCAGCGCUGCGAGCUGCGAUCGGUGUCGCUAGCAGCAGCAGCAAGUCAACGUUUCAGCUACUCCAACAACAUCAGCAUCAUCAACGGGCGGCUCAUCAUUCCAGUUCCAGUGUUGGUUACUUGAACAGCAAUUGCAGUUCCUCUUACUCCUCUACCCACUACUCCUCCUACGCUGCUGUCGGCCUCAAGCGACAAAUUGUGCCGUUUCAUCAGCGUUCUCUACUUAAUACUCAGACAGCGCUUAAACCUAACUACAACAACAACACUACUUCCUCUACAACAACAACAACAGACACCAAUAUACCAAAACAAAGACAUCUCAGCAACGCUUCAGGAGGCGGCGGUGGCAGCAGUGCCACGCCCUGCCAUGGAGGAGCCGCAGCGGGCAGCGCUUCAACUUAUUCACGCAACUCAGUGGGCGAUUCAUCAUCGAUGCCACCGAUUGCCUCCUCCUCGGUGGGUUCACCCGCAACGCCAGCUCCAUCACCACAUCCGCUUUCCAAUUCGGCGCACUCGCAGCCCACAUCGGUGCCGCCCGCCGCUGAGCAACUGCUCAACAUGAGUCCACAUGCGCCCACAUCAGUAUCGAAUCUUCAGCAACCGCCUACGCCCAUCGAUCAUCUGCUGGACAAGAAUACGCCAGCGCCCACGCCCACGGAUCAGCAUGAUAGUAAGAGCAUAACUGCCUCGCCCUAUGUACAUCAAACACCGAGUGUGGAGCCUCCCACUUACGCGGACCACGGGUCACAGGGCGGUGCACCUGCCACUCUAAAUGCGCCCGGCAGUGUGCCCCAGCAGCAGCCUGCGACGCCAACAGCAGGCGGAGCAGCAGCUGGAGCAGCAGCAGGAGCGGGAACGGCUACGGGAGCGGGCACAGGAGCUGGAGCAGCGGUAGGAGCAGCAACAGCUGCACCUGCAUCUGGCGCGCAAUGUGGCACGAUUAGCGUUAAGAAGCUGGAGAUGCAGCAGCAGCAGCCGACGAUUAAACAGGAGCCGGGCACAGGGCGCGGCAGUCAACAACUGCCGCCCCAGCAACAGCAACAACAGCAACAGCAGCAGUCGCAAAAACAACAACAGCAGCAGCCGCAGCAGCAGCAACAGCAGCAGUCGAUGGCAACCAGCACCAUGGAAGCUGUCACCAAUCUCUUUAACCUGUACAAACCGCCACAGCUGACGCUCAAGGAUGGCGACAGCGUCUACGACGAGGAAUGGCUUACAGAGGUCUACGAUUUCAGCUAUCAAGAGUCCUGGGACAAUCUGCCCGUCAAGCGACCCAAGCUGAAUGAAUCGGUCAAGCUGCGACGUCCGCGCUAUGCCAAGAAUCUGUACGAGGGGCACACGCACUUCAAGCCACUGAUGCCCUCACCGGGAUCUGUCUACGGCUCGUUGCUCACCAUUGAGGGCGGCUCUGUGGCAGCACUCGGAGCUGCGAGCGAGAGUGGGAAGGCAGCAGGAGGCGCAGGCGGUGGACUGGUGGGCAUAGCCACGAAUGCAGGCUUUGGCAAUGCAGCUGGCGCAGAUGAGGCGGACAAUGCGCUCGUCAAGAGUGAAGCUCCAUCGGCAGCGGGCGACGGAAGCAGCUUCUUCCCCUGUCUGGACAUCAAGACGGAGCCAGGCUUGCACUCGCCCUGCAAGGAAACCAAAUCCACCAGCACUGCGGGCAGCGGCGGUGGCAAUCUGUUCACAGCGGAGGGCCUGAAUCCCUCGCUCAACGACCUGGAGCAGCUGUUCGAGACGAGCUCGAAUGACGAGUGCAGCAGCGUGCAGAUUCACACGCCGCCCGACUCCAACAAUCCCUCGAAUGGCGGCUGCAGCGCUGUCACCAACACCAUCGACGAGCUGAAGCGCAGCACCGCCGUGACGAGCGCUGUGGUGGCCGCUGUCGUCGCCAGCAGUGGUGCGGGCAGCAUUCAAGCCGAAGACCUAACCAAAAUGUUUCCCACGCCGCCCUCGCAUGAGCAGCAGCAUCUCAACCUGAGUCCCUGUCAAACGGACGUUGUCAUGACCGAUCUGAGUGUGGAUACGACGACGACAACAACAAGCAGCGUGCUGGUGGUGCCGGCGGCAACAAUCACAACGGCGGCGGCAACAGUUGCAGCAACAGCUACGUCAGUCGGCCUCGGAGUCAUGCUGAAGAUGGUCAAGCAGGAAUACAGCGUGGAGCUGGGCAGUCCCGUUGAGGAGCCCAUUGAUGACUGGAGCUAUGUCUAUAGGCCGCCGCAGCAGGAGAAGUUCGUUGGCUCCUCGCGCUAUGCACCGCUCACCAAUCUGCCCAGCCAGACGCUGCCGCCUCUGCAGCUGCCCGCCAAUUGCUUCUACAAUCCCACCUGGAGCCACAGCCAAAAGUCGCGCGCUGCGACGCUGGCGAAGGCGGCCGCUGCACAGCAGCAACAGCAGCAGCACCAGAAGCAUCAGCAGCUGCAGCAGCGCAUCCAGCAGCAUCAGCAAAUGCAGCAGCAACACCAGCAACAACAGCAGCAGCAACAGCAACACCAGCAGCAGCAACAGCAGCAGCACAAACAGCUGCACGACCUGCUUUCGGCUGGUCCUCGAACUCCGAUGAAUGCAGCGAUGCCCUCGCCCUCAACAGUUCCACAGCCGUUGAGCAGCGGCGGCAGUCAAUUGCUGCUGAAUCAACUCAACUGUCCGCAGGCGCCGCCCGGCAGUUCGAUGCAGCAGCUGAUGCAGCGGGCGGGCAUGUCGCCCAUUCCCUCACCUGGCGGCCCAGGAGUGGUGCCAUUUCCGCGCAGCAGUCCCAUGCAGCAGCAUCAUCCGAUGCGACAGACGCCCACGCAUCCGCCUCCUCCGUAUCCGUAUGAGCUGGCUGCUGCUAGUCCGGCCACGUCCACAUCCUCGUCGUACCUUAACAAGCCGUACGGCUCUCAGGAGCCGCCAGGACAUCCGCAUACGCCUCACCACGUGUACGGCUCGAUGAGCGGAGGAGCCGCAGGCGGAGCUGCUCUCAUGUCGGGCGAUUCCAAGCUGGCCAUGAUGCAGUAUACGGGCGGCAGUGCACCGGAAUCGGGAACGGCUGCAGCAGCAGCUGCUGCUGUGAGCCUGCUGCAGGAGCUGCCGGAAGUGAACUCUGUGCUGGUAAACAUCCUGCUCUACGACACGGCACUGAAUGUCUUCCGGGAUCACAAUUUCGACAGCAGCAGCGUUUGCGUCUGCAAUGCGGAUACGCAGAAGAUCGGGAAUAUACGUGGCGCGGAUUCGGGAGUCUAUGUGCCGCUGCCGGGCAGCAGCUUCAAUCCCUUUCCAGCUCAACGAGGCUCGAGUGGAGCAGGAGGAGGUGGAGCUGGUGCUGUCACGCCUUAUAAUCAGUAUGCAGGAGCAGGAGCUGGAGCUGGUGGUCUACGCAUGUUGAGUGCCUUUGGCGGUGGGCUGGACUCGUCGCCAGUGGCUGCUGCUUUGUCCGGAGCUGGCUCCGUGCAUGGCCAUGGCCAUGGACCCAAUGGUGGCUCCAGCGGCUCCGCAUCCUGUACACCGCCCAGCAGUAAUCCCCACAUAACAGGCUACGUCGACGACGAUCCCGUGGAGUGCACGUGCGGCUUCAGCGCUGUGGUCAAUCGGCGACUAUCGCAUCGGGCCGGUCUCUUCUACGAGGAUGAGCUGGAGAUCACGGGCAUUGUGGACGAUCCGGCGAGGAAUAAACAGCCCACUCUACUAGCGCUCAUCCAGUCGCUGUGCCGCAAGGGCGCCAACAACAACAACAAUAAUAAUAACAACAACAAUAACAACAGCAAGGAUGCCUCCUCUGGCAAGGAGCUGGAGAAGCUGACGAACACAACGCAGCAGCAGCUGGAGCAGCUGGCGCAUGCCAUAUUCGAUCUGCUGCUAGACCAGUGCUCCAUCAUACAAAGCUCCAGCAGCUCGGUGCAUCGAGCACUGCAGGCGCACCGUCGCAGGAUGUCGAGGCAACGUCGCCUGGGCGCCUCGGUGGCCAGCAUUGCGAAUGUCCUGGAGUUCACGGAUGCCCACGAUGUGGUCAGCUUGGCGCUGGAGCAGGCGCGUCUUGCGUUCGAGAACCAUCGCCUGGACAUGAAUCUCCUCGAGUUCGGACAUGGACAUGGCCAGCAUGGCAGCCAACAGAAUCAUCCGCAACAUCCAAACCAGCCCCAUCACCCGCACCAGCAACAACAACAGUCGCAGCAGCAACUCAUGGCCUUCCAGGCGGCGCCCGCUCUUCGCCAGAAACUGUUGAGCCUGGGCAGCAGUCGUCUGACGGUACACAAGUGGCCCUAUCUUCCAGUGGGCUUCACCCGCAGCAACAAGGAGAUCGUCCGGACGAUGAAUGCCAUCCAACCCAUGCUGCAAAGCGCCUUCCACUGCAAGUCGCGAGGCGGUGCAGCGGGCUCCAAGGAUGCCAGCUCCUACAAUACGGUCAGCGGUCCCUUGACCUGGCGGCAAUUUCACCGCCUCGCCGGACGAGCCUCUGGACAGUGUGAACCACAGCCCAUACCUUCGGUUGUGGUUGGCUACGAAAAGGAUUGGAUAUCAGUGGCACCACAUUCCAUUCACUACUGGGAUAAGUUUCUGCUGGAGCCCUAUUCCUAUGCACGGGACGUGGUCUACGUCGUCAUUUGUCCGGACAAUGAUCAUGUCGUCGCGAGCACUCGCACCUAUUUCCGUGAGCUGAGCAGCACGUAUGAGAUGUGCAAGCUGGGUCGCCAUACGCCCAUCCGUGGCUGGGACGGCAUCCUCCAGGUGGGUGUAUCCGAAAGAGAUGUCACGACCCCGCUAGACGAUUGGCUACGUACGUUGGACCAUGCGCCGCUGGCGGAGCAGAUUAGGCGUUACGCCAUUGCCUUUAUGCAUCAGCUGGCGCCUUAUCUGAGUCGCGUGCCUGGUGAUAAGACACUGCUCAAUCCGCCAGAUCCUAGUGGCAGUCAUUCCACAAAAGCUGGUGUAACUCAGCCCCCAACAGCUGCAGAGCAUCCGGAGCAGCCGGUCAUCAAGCAGGAGCCGGGCACCGAGCAGCAACAGCAGCAGCAGCAGCAGCAACAACAAUCGGGCGCAACCCAGACGAGCAACAAUCAGGAGCAGGACAGCAAGGCGGAUGUUAAGGGAGGCGCAGCUGGAGGCGAUACUAAGCCAGCACUGGUGCUGGGCGAUCCACUUGGCAUGGGCGAAACCUUGGAGGACAUUAAUCCUUCAGCCAUUGUGCUGUAUGUGGUGAAUCCCUUCACCUUUGCCUCCGACAGCUUCGAGCUGGAGCGGCUUGCAUUGAUUGCGCUGCUCCGUUGCUAUGCGGAGCUCUUAAAGGUGGUGCCAGACUCGGUCCGUGCGCAGAUGAACAUCCAGAUCAUCUCGCUGGAGUCCAUUAUGGAGCUAGGACCCUGUGGCAACCGUCGUCGCUUCUCGGACGAGAUCAAGUGCUUGGCGCUCAACAUAUUCUCGCAGUGCCGAAGGCAUCUGGUGCAUGCGCAGCCCGUGAAGAGUCUGACGGGCUUUGGCACGGCGGCCAACAUGGAGGCGUUUCUCAAGACCAAGGAUGAGCCGAAUCGACGCCCCUACAAGAUGUACACCGCUCCAUUUGUGCUGGCGCCCAUGCACGAGCGGAACGACAAGACGGACUUCUCCCGUGCGGCGGGCAGCAUGCAUGGCCAGAAUGAGACGCGCUACUCAGUGAUGUAUUGCAAUUAUUGCCUGAGCGAGGAUCAGUCCUGGCUGCUGGCCACCGCGACGGAUGAGCGAGGCGAACUGCUGGAGAAGGUGUGCAUCAACAUCGAUGUGCCCAACCGUGCCAGAAGAAGAAAGGCUCCCGCACGCUAUGUGGCGCUGCGUAAGCUCAUGGACUUCGUCAUGGGCCUCAUCUCGCAGACGUCGCAAAUGUGGCGACUGGUCAUCGGAAGAAUCGGCCGGAUUGGUCACAGCGAGCUCAAGUCCUGGAGCUAUCUGCUCAGCAAGCAGCAGCUGCAGAAGGCCUCCAAGCAGUUCAAGGACAUGUGCAAGCAGUGCACACUCAUGUAUCCGCCUACCAUUCUAAGUGCUUGCCUGGUCACCCUAGAGCCAGAUGCCAAGCUUCGCGUGAUGCCCGAUCAGUUCACGCCCGAUGAGCGCUUCUCCCAGAUCUCCAUGCAGAACCCGUUGUCGACGCCGCAGGAUGUCACCUGUACGCAUAUCCUGGUCUUUCCCACCAGUGCGGUCUGUGCGUCCUUCACACGCCAAUUCCAGAACGAGCCUCAGGUGGACGAUGACUUCAUCUUUGGUGAGGAGGAGGGCAACGAGGACUUCAGCGAUGCGGACAUUGGCGAUCUUUUCUGGGAUUCAGCUCACAUGGAUCGCGUCUCGAAUCACGGCAGUCCAGGACGCAUGGAGGACAACCGCAGCUGGCAAAGCGCUGGAGGCAACAAUUUCAAAUGCACGCCACCGCAGGAGGUCGAGGAGGUGGGCUCCCUCAACCAGCAGCCCAUUUCGGUGGGUUACAUGGUAUCGACAGCGCCUACGGGCCGGAUGCCCGCCUGGUUCUGGUCCGCCUGUCCGCACCUGGAGGAUGUGUGUCCCGUCUUCCUAAAGACCGCGCUGCAUUUGCAUGUGCCUAAUAUACAGAUAGCCGAUGAUAUACUCAACUCGACCAAUGCUCAUCAAUCGGCCAAUGAUCAUCCGUUGGACUCGACAUUAACAGCCGACGUGCUACGCUUUGUGCUGGAAGGAUACAAUGCGUUGUCCUGGCUGGCACUCGAUUCCAAUACGCACGAUCGUCUGUCCUGUCUGCCCAUCAAUGUGCAAACGCUAAUGGACUUGUAUUAUCUAACGGCGGCCAUAGCAUAGAGCAAAAUAUCUGAAAUAACAGACCAUUAACAUUAGCAGUAGCCGUAACAGUAACAGUAACAGUCGAUUGCUUCCGUUUGCUGUACUUCCAUUAACAUAGCGAACUAUCCAAAACAGUAACAAAAGAAAACAAAGCAACUACCAGCCAGUUAACAGUCCAAAUGAAAAUAAUGAUAUACCAGUAACAGCAGAAGUAAACGUAACAGCAAUGUUAACAGAAACUGUAACAGCAGCGCACAGUUAGCGUUAAACACAGAGCCUUGUAAUUAAAGCCGCCGCCGCAGCAGCCUUACAGCCUACCCAAAGGAUGUGCAACAAAGACAAGAAAGUUGAUUGAUGAUGAGAUGAUGAGAAGGAGCAAGAGAGAGAGAGAGA